CUGCUGCUGAAUUCCUGCCGGCGCUGUUCUUCAGGGAUCCUUCCCAACGAGAGGAUCCGCAACAUUGGGAUCUCGGCCCACAUCGACUCGGGGAAGACGACGUUGACGGAGCGAAUCCUCUUCUACACGGGCAAGAUAGCGCAAAUGCACGAGGUGAAAGGUAAGGAUGGAGUUGGAGCUGUCAUGGAUUCAAUGGAGCUGGAGCGACAGCGUGGAAUCACGAUUCAGUCUGCAGCAACGUACACCAUGUGGAAAGACACCAACAUCAACAUCAUAGACACACCGGGACACGUGGACUUCACAAUCGAGGUGGAGAGAUCGCUGAGAGUGCUCGACGGAGCUGUUCUGGUUCUCUGUGCAGUGGGAGGAGUUCAGUGCCAGACGAUAACUGUGAACAGGCAAAUGAACCGCUACAGCGUGCCCUUUGUGACGUUCAUCAAUAAACUGGACAGGAUGGGCUCUAGCCCGACCCGAGCAGUACAGCAGUUGAGGUCCAAGUUAAAACACAAUGCGGCUUUUGUUCAGAUACCAAUCGGGCUGGAAGGAAACUUUAAAGGAAUUAUAGAUCUUAUUGAAGAAAGAGCUCUAUAUUUUGAUGGUGCGCUUGGCCAGACUGUUCGGUAUGAUGACAUCCCGGCAGAGUUCAGAGCUGAGGCUGCAGAGAGACGUCAGGAGUUGAUCGAGUGUGUUGCUAACUCCGAUGAUCACCUUGGGGAGCUCUUCUUGGAAGAGAAGAUUCCUACAGCUGCUGAGCUAAAGCUUGCGAUCAGAAGAGCAACACUGAGGAAGUCCUUCACCCCAGUGCUGGUGGGAAGUGCUUUAAAGAACAAAGGAGUACAGCCGUUGCUGGAUGCCGUCCUGGACUACCUCCCCAAUCCUUCAGAGGUGGAGAACUAUGCUAUUCUGAACCAAGGGGAUUCCGAGGACAAAACCAAGUUCCUGUUGAACUCCGCUCGAGACAACUCCCAACCUUUCAUAGGCCUUGCUUUUAAACUGGAGGCUGGCCGUUUUGGGCAGUUAACUUACAUCCGAGUUUAUCAGGGGAUGCUGAAGAAAUCUGAUUAUAUCUAUAACACCAGGACUGGGAAGAGAGUGCGUGUCCAAAGACUUGUCCGUAUGCAUUCAGACAACAUGGAGGAUGUCAGUGAAGUUUACGCGGGAGACAUAUGUGCAUUAUUUGGAAUUGACUGUGCCAGUGGGGAUACGUUCACUGAUAAAACCAGUACUGACAUUUCCAUGGAAUCGAUCCACAUCCCCGAUCCUGUCAUUUCAGUAGCUAUGAAGCCUUCCAACAAGAAUGACUUUGAUAAAUUUUCCAAAGGCCUGAGCCGCUUCACCAGGGAAGAUCCCACUUUUAGAAUCCAUUUCGAUGAUGAGAGCAAAGAGACCAUCGUUUCUGGAAUGGGGGAGCUGCACUUGGAAAUCUAUGCCCAGCGAAUGGAAAGAGAAUACGGUUGCCCGUGCACCAUGGGGAAGCCGAAAGUUGCCUUUAGGGAGAACAUCGCCGCAGCUGUGCCGUGA